UCGGUUACGAGUGCAGCACGACGACUGCGACUACGACUACGACGAUUCGGCCUGUAUAAUGAGCGGUGUGUGCGCCGAGUAUAAACAAUAGCUCAACGCGCUUCUUCUGCACGACACCUCCGUGUUAUGUUCUUUUUUUUUUGCAUAACACAUCCGAACACUCUUUUUUCUUCGCGCUCUUUUCGAUUGAAGUUCCACGUCGCGGACAGCUAAAUAAACUCGCGCGUACGAGGAGGAGAUGGAACUCGAGUUUUUCGCAUAGUAGCAUUAAUAAAAGCGUCGAAGUCGCGGAGAGCAAAAGAGUGAGGGAGAGACGCUUUUUGCAGUUCGUCGUGUGUGCAGCCCGCGCGAGAACACACAGUUUCCAGCUGAUGUCGUUCGAGAUCAAUUCAGCAGCAGCGCAUAUGUGACCAAUCAUGUCGAAAAAAAUUCAUCUCGUCUGCUGCUGCCUGCUGGUGCUAGUGUGCGACGCGUCCUGGCAAGCAUCGACUCCGGACUCGCCGACUUACAGAGCAGCAGUCGUCGAGUAUCAUCCGGUCACGAAUGGAGACGAUGGCGACAUGAUCGCCCAGGCCAAUGCCAACAAUUACCGUACGAUCAUCAAAGAUGCAGCCUUGCACGGCGCCGACAUAAUCGUUUUUCCUGAAUUCGGUUUGACGAGUUUGCCGAAGGAUGGACCGGCCGAAAAAGUCUUCAGCCCGGAAGAGUACAGAGCUUACUAUCGCAACACGGCUUCCUACAUCCCGCAUCCGAACGAGACGGUCGUGCUGUGCGACACCGACUCUAAAUACUCCUCGUACCUGCAGAGCAUAUCGUGCGCCGCUCGCGAGUACGGCCUCUACGUGGUGAUCAAUCUCCAGGAGCGAGUCGACUGCGCCUCGAGCGAGGACCACUGCCCCGCGGACGGAUUUCUCCUCUACAACAGCAACUGCGUGUUCGAUCGUAAGGGCCGCGUGGUGGCCCGCUACCGCAAGUACAAUCCGUUCAACGAGCCCGGCACCAACGUCACCGCCGAGCCCGAGGUCGCCACCUUCGACACGGACUUCGGCGUGCGCUUCGGCACCUUCAUCUGCUUCGACGUGCUGAACGAGGCGCCCGCGAUGUCGUUCGUGCGCGACAAUCGGGUGCGCGACGUCGUCUUCACCACGCACUGGUUCAACGAGCUGCCGUUCCUCGACGCCAGCCAGCACUUCGCCGCCUGGUCGUACGCGGCCGACGUCAACUUCCUCGUGGCCGGCUACAGCGACGAUCUCACGGCGAGCGGCGGCAGCGGCGUCUACGCCGGCAGACGGGGUCCGCUCAAGAUUUACAAUCCGCGCAGGACCAGCAACGCCCUGAGCGUCGUCGAGGUGCCCAAGGUCGACGGCCCUUACAGGCGGCCGAUGCUCGGCCACGAGCUCUUCAGCUACGAGCACGUCUACAAGCAGGCCGAGGUGUCGACCAUCACGGAGUUGUACCUGCCGAAUCAUACGUCGAUGGUGGCCGAGCCGUUCAGAGACUACCUGGACGUGUACACGACGAAACUGCUGGAGCCCGAGGGCACGUCCCACAUAACGACCCUCUGCGAUCGCGGACUCUGCUGCGACUUUCAUCUGGAGCUCAGCUACAACAAAUCCGUACUCGAGGCUAAUCCCGGAGCGGCAGAGUACAAAUAUCGACUGGUGGCCUUCAAUGGGACCCGCAACUUCGCCAACGCCUCAACGGGUGGCAUCGAGGUCUGCGCCCUGAUCUCCUGCGCCGGUGACAGAAUCGCGGACUGUGGCGCGAUCCACGACCCGAACAGCACCAAGAUCGUCUACCCAAUGAGCUUCGACUCGCUGAUAAUCUCUCGGCGCGCCAACCUGUCCAAGUCGAGCUUCUACAUGCCCAACACGAUGGACUUUCGCACACUGGAGCCGAUGAGCGGCAGCCGAGACUUCGCCUACCUGCCGAGCGGACCCAAAGAGUCGAGCCUGCUCAUGAUGUAUCUCGUUCAGCCGCGUAGCGACGCCAUGACUUUCGGCAUUUACGGACGGGUUUUCGGCAGGGAUGGCCACGAAGAGACCAGAUUGCCGUCCGCGGCCACGAGCACGACGAGCGUAUCGACAUUACUCGUGAUCUCUAGCUUGUUACUAGCCCUUGUUUUACAAUCAAAGUGAUAUUUUGUGUUUUAAUUGACGAUUUAUUUUAUUUUUCAAGUGAAAAAAUUAGAUCUGCGCAUGAAAUUCAUGUCGAGAAAUGACUUGGCUGCUUUUCGACUUUUGUAAAUUACUCAUCAUAUUUGGAAAAUCAUUAAAAAACAUAGAUUUAGGAUAAAAAAUUUAAAUGUAAAAAUAAAUAUACUCUAUAAAAAAAUUAUUUUGCAAUCCUUCCGAUCUUUGAAGCAAACUGCGUUGGACAAUUUGAUUUACAUGAUUCUAAACUAGAUUGAAUUUCUGACAAAUUUCUGUGUUUUUUUUCCAAUGAAGAAGAAAAUUCAUUUGCGCAUUCAACAUGCAACGUUGGUGCGUUGAGUGGAUUUUUUAUAAUAAAUGUUCAAUAGAAAUUAUCAUGAAAUAUUAUAAACCUUGGAAUAUUUAAAUUUGUACAAACCCACUAAAAUACUAUGAUAAUACUCAUUAUAAUUCUGUUUUCUUUUCGUUGCAUAUUAUGAUAACAAAA